ACUCAUCCAGCUAUUAGCCGAGUGCAACUGCCCACUUAUCACUGUGACAGGCAGACAACAAAAGCUUGUGUGGGAGACCGUCUCGUCAGAUGACAGCUCGACAGAGAAUCUCGCGGUCUCACUGCACCAAGAAGCAAGAAAAUGCAUUGGUACCUGUAUAGUUUGGUCACGCUUGCCUACAUGAUGAAAGGGUCAGAAGCAGGGAGUCCUGUCGAUUCCAAUCUGUAUGUGGACAGCCUGCUCACGACCCUGGUGCCACUGCAUGCUCGCAGCCUGGGUUUGGAGAAUAUCAGUGUGCCCAACUGUGCAUUCAAGGUUCCCAGCACAGCCGUCACCAAUCGCGACGUCACUGUGGAGCUGCACAGUGGACGGUUGCUGGGACUGGUCACUCCCGGACUAGCUCGCAGGGGUCAGUGCUCAGCUCCUGGCUGGUUGGGUAUGAACAUCACCGUGGGUUGCUAUGUGUCACUAGACAAUGCACACGUCUCGUAUGCUGGCUCAGCCAAAGGCGACAGUUUGUUGAACACCAACCGGAGCAUUGUGCUACAGGCUGCACCCUUCAGUGCGAACGCACUCCUGGAAGUCACCUCAACACCAGGUGGUGUGCCCCGAGUACGCACUUGGGCUUUGCAGCCGUUCACGUUUGUGGUGGGCACGUCGCCCAAGCUGAGCCUCAACGCCGCUCGCCAGGCCACGUUUGACAAGGAGGCCAGCAAGUGUGCCCAUGCUUCGCUAUCCAACGUACUUCUGGUGGCAUACAGGGAAGCUCUAGAGAGGGCUGUGAGUGCUACAAGGCUGCCUCUGCCAUGAACAUUCAAACAAGUUGUACCAUUGCCAAGAAAUGACCGCUGCUGCAAAAGAUGUACAGGUGAAGCGCAGUAUGGAUAAAACAGGACGAGAGCCACUACUUUUCAACCUCAAGAUAUCUGUGUCCGCUACUUGUUAGAACCGUGCUCAGGAGGCAAUGAAGUAAGAAACACAUGUAUUUACAA